AUAGUGAUGGUGAAUUCAGCCGGGAACUAGUUCUGAAAACUGAGAGCAGGAGUUGCGUAGGCGACGAAUGAAGUGGUACUAACGCAUCUGCAUAUAUUGGUGUCGUAAUUCCGGAGCUUGCCUACUACUUGACAGCUUAAAUGGCUGGUUCUCGAAGAGGUUUGGUGGCGCCUCAGAACACAUUCCUGGAAACUGCCCUCAGACGAUUCAGUACACCACAAACCGCCGUACUGGUGGCUAACGCACGUAUUACGGAUUAUCCCAUAAUUUACAUAAACGACACUUUCACACGAAUGACAAGCUAUUCCGCACGGGAGUUUAUGCAAUCCAAUGCCAUUCUGAGAAGGUUGCACGGUGAGCGCACCUCGAUCAAUGCAGUAGAGAGGCUGGAACGUGCCUUGACAGAAGGAUUGUUGGAGCAGGUGGAAAUUACACUUUACAAGAAAAACAAAUCCAUGUUCUGGGUUAUCAUGUGCAUCGCACCGGUAGAGAAUGAUAAAGGGGAACUGCAACUCUACCUCAUCCUUCUCUACGACAUUUCACCUCUUCGUCAACCCAUGGAUGACGAUCCUCUUCGUGGAAGUUUCAGCAAGUUUGCCAAGCUUGCCCGCACCGUCACGCGAAGCAGAGCCAUGCUAACUUCUCCUGGAGAAAUCGAGGAUUCUUUCGCAGCGCUUGCUCCUUUGCAAAAGCACAACAUACCAAAGUAUCAACAAGAAUCCCCCAAGACCCCACCGCAUGUGCUGCUCCACUAUGUGACCUUCAAAACCACAUGGGACUGGAUGAUAUUUCUUCUGACUGGUUAUACAUCUGUUGUGGUGCCCUACACUAUUGCCUUUGAACAAGAUGUCAUCUAUGGCGAACGUGUCAUCACUGUGAUGGAUCGAAUCGUCGACAUUGUUUUCUUCCUGGAUAUUGUGCUCAGUUUUCACACGACCUUCGUUGGUCCCACUGGGGCAGUGAUCUCAGAUCCGGUGUUGAUUCGGCUGAAUUACCUGAAAGGCUGGUUCAUGAUGGACUUGAUUGCUGGUCUGCCAUACAGUUUACUCAGUGGUCUGAGUUCAAAACAAAGCAGGCAUACCACGAACCUGCUAAAUGCUCUGAAGGUGGUUCGGUUACUGCGACUAUGGCGCGUUCUUCGUAAGCUGGAUCAAUACUUGGAAUACGUGGCCACCAUCUUGUUAAUCAUGAUCUUCUGUUUUAUUCUGCUUGCCCACUGGUUAGCCUGUGUUUGGUACAUGGUCGGAAUGAACGAUAUCAAACAAAAUGUGUACCAUGGAUGGAUUAUUCAUCUCAUGAACGAGACUAUGGGAUGUCGAAACUGGACUGCAGUGAUUCACUCAGAAGAUGCCUUACCACCCCCAUCCAUGCUGUAUAUGACCUCGCUUUAUUUCACGCUGUCACUUGUCACAAGCAUCGGUUUCGGAAAUGUUGCAGCAAACACAACUGCGGAGAAGAUCGUGUCAGUCAUCUUCAUGAUCAUUGGAGCCUUUGUGUACGCCACAAUCUUCGGAAACGUUACGACCAUAUUACAACAGACUCACGCGGCCAGAGCGCGUUUGCAACAAAUGAUGGCCAAUGUACAAGAUUUUCUGCGAAUCCACAGUGUGCCGAAGGAACUGGCAGAAAGAGUGAUCGAUUACGUCACAUCCACCUGGUCGCUUACACGAGGAGUGGAUCCCGAAACGGUCUUGAACAACUGCCCAAAGGAUAUGAAAGCCGAUCUUUGUGUGCAUUUGUACAGGGAAGUGUUCAAUGAACAUCCAGCGUUUCGAUUAGCCAGUGAAAGUUGUCUUCGUGCACUAGCUGUUGCCUUUACAACGCAACAUACAGCACCGAGUGAUUUGAUCUUCCAUCAAGGAGAGAGCAUCGACCGGCUUUGUUUUGUAGUAGCUGGCUCCCUGGAGGUGGUACAGGACGAUGAAGUCGUGGCCAUACUGAGUAAGGGGGACGUGUUCGGUCAACCUGUUUGGAAGGAGGUGGAUGUCGGUCAGAGUGCUGCCAGUGUUCGGGCGCUCACCUACGGUGACCUUCAUUGCAUCAAGAGAGAAAGCUUGUUGGGUGUGCUCAAAUUUUAUUCAGCUUUUGCAAACUCAUUCUCCAGAUCACUGGUGCUCACCUACAAUUUACGUCAAAGACUGGUGUUUCGAAAAAUAUCCGAUGUUAAACGUGAAAAGGAAUUGAGAGAAAGUGAUCAGACGCAACAUCUGACUCCUGACCAUCCAGUCCGUCGAUUGAUAUCUCGUUUCUACAAAACAGCAUCACCCAACGCUUCUAAACGACCGAGCGUCUCGGGCUCUCCUUUUUCUACUGCCAACCAUGACAAGUUGAGGGAAUCAGGUGCAACUCUCAAAGAGGACGAGACAGCAGUCAGUGAUCUCAAACUGAGCGCACACGAAGCAAGUCAAGAAGAACAGCACUCUCUUCAAAAUGAGUGGAAAGCGCAGCCUGGCCAAAAUAACGCCUUAAGAACCCAGGCUGGAAAACUGCGUGCAGAUGAAGAUGGUAAAACUGCGCAAUCGGAAUCAAAACAACGAGAUGAAGAUGUUGGUCUGAGGUGCCAAAUUAUGAAGCAAAUGACUGAUUUUCAUUCAGCCCUGCUUUCCAAACUUCGAUUGCUGGCGCGUAAUUUGGAUGAUCUGGAGGAGAAAUUGGAGCAGAUCUCUGAAUCCAUGAAAAUGUGCAAAACGUAAACGUAACUACUGGCUGUAAAAGCAUUGAAUUUCCUUCAGUGUGCCACAUGGCUAAUGGGGGGGGGGCUGAGUACGCAAGGAAUACAUCACUCUCGGGGUGUGUGAUAAGAAUCCACUUCAGUAAUCUUCCAGUGCCCAUCAUCUGUCAUCAUUUAUCUUGUACAUUUAUAUAUAUUGCGUAUAAAGAGUUUAGCUCAG